AAUGACUUAAAUUCAAGUAAUUGAUCUAAUGACCAAAAUCUGUUUUGAUCUCAUAAAUUCAAGGUAAAAUCUAUCUUACAAAAGCAUGAUUUAUUUCUAAAAUCUAUAUCAAUCUCGAAAUGGCUAACCUUCUAACUCGUCACUUCCUGUGGUUUCCCUGUCCUCAGUUUCACUUCCUGAAAUGGUGGACAAGGAAAAACUAUGAGAUAAACUCAAUAAGUAAAUAUGGAUAGCCCUUAAUUAAACUUAUAGUAUGCUAACAAGUGUAAUCAUGAAAAACGGAUAUAGUAUGAGAACGAAAUAGACAUCUCCUCUAUAGGUCAUGGCUAGUGUUAUAAACCUCCCACUGGCAGGCACACUAUUUACUAGUGUAUAACCCCCAUUAGCAGGGUCACUCGAAUGAACCGGUUCUAUCAAUAACAUGUUGACAUGUGCUAGCGUUUAUAAACCUCCACUAGUAGGGUCACUAAUAACAUGACCACAUCAGAGACAAAACAAGCAGAAGUUAACAGAAAAACCAUACUUUACACAUCAUUUCCGGAUCAUCAAGGCAGUUAAAUAAACUUCAAGUAUGCAUGCUCAAUUCAAUGGAAAACAUAAUAAUUUCAUUUCAAAUCAGUCAUGUUCAUAUUUGUGUAAAACAGUUUUAGUCCCGCCACCAUUUCAAAAACAAGUUAAAAUAUGCCUUAAAAUCGAAGGGCGUUACCAUGAUUUACUUAUCUCAAAUCGCAUAACAUAGAAAAUUCACUCCAAGAGCUAGGGUGAUAGAAUAAUCAAGAACCUAGCCAAAAUAUUCUAGAAUUAAUACCGCACUAUCACAAAUUGAAAGUGAAAUUAUCAUUAGGACUACCCCUAAUCAUGAUGCUAUUUCUAUCAGUCUCCACAUUAUCCGACAUCUCCAAAUUUGUUCUUUUAUUACAAACUAAACAUUUAAAUCCCCAUUAAUUGUUGGCCAUAAGUGCGUGAACAGUACCUGUCACACCCCAGAACCCAAAUUUGGGAACGUGACAGACGCCGUGCACUCGUGAGAGGGACCCACAAAUGCACAAGGCUCAAAACUUAUCAAAUUCACAUCUGACAAUCCAAUAACUUAAAUCAAACAUCUCAAUUUAUUUCUAUAUCCAAAAUGACUUAAAUCCAAGUAAUUGAUCUAAUGAUCGAAAUCUGUUUUGAUCUCAUAAAUUCAAGAUAAAAUCUAUCUUACAAAAGGAUGAUAAAAUCUAAAACUUAUAUCCAAUUAGAAUGGCUAGCCUUCUAACUCGUCACUUCCCGUGGUUUCCCCGUCCUCGGUUUCACUUCCUGAAAUGGUGGACAAGGAAAAACUAUGAGAUAGACUUAGUAAGCGAAAUAUGGAGUGCCACUUAUUAAACUUAUAGCAUGCCAACAAGUGUAAGCACAAAAAACAGAUACAGUACAGGAAUGAAAUAGAUGUCUCCUCUAUAGAUCAUGGCCAGUGUUAUAAGCCUCCCACUGGCAGGCUACACUAUUUGCUGGUGUAUAACCCCCACUAGCAAGGUCACUAAUAACAUAACCACAUCGGAGACAAAACGGCAGAAGUUAACAGAAAAACCAUAAUUCACCAACCACUUUCAGAUCAUCAGGACAAUUAAUUAAAUUUCAAGUAGGCAUGCUCAAUUUAAUGAAAAGCAUAAAAAUUUCACUUCAAA